AUGACAGUGAACUUCCUGAGGAGAAUGAAGCAGGAGGAGCUGGCUGACUGUCUGCAGAGCAGACUUGCAGCUCGUGAAUCUUCAGUUUGUGGACGUAAAGUUAAAUCUGGUCUGAAGGAGAAGUUCCAGUGUGUGUUUGAGGGGAUUGCUAAAGCUGGAAACUCAACCCUUCUGAAUGAGAUCUACACAGAGCUCUACAUCACAGAGGGAGGGACUGCAGAGGUCAAUGAUGAACAUGAGGUCAGACAGAUUGAAACAGCAUCCAGGAAACCACACAGACCAGAAACAAGCAUCAGACAAGAAGACCUCUUUAAAGCCUCACCUGGAAGACAUGGACCAAUCAGAAGAGUGAUGACAAAGGGAGUGGCUGGCAUUGGGAAAACAGUCUUAACACAGAAGUUCACUCUGGACUGGGCUGAAGACAAAGCCAACCAGGACAUCCUCUUCAUGUUUCCAUUGACUUUCAGAGAGCUGAAUGUGUUGAAAGAGAGAAAGUUCAGCUUGGUGGAACUUAUUCAUCACUUCUUCACUGAAACCAAAGAAGCAGGAAUCUGCAGCUUUGAAGACUUCCAGGUUGUGUUCAUUGUUGACGGUCUGGAUGAGUGUCGACUUCCUCUGGACUUCCACAACACUGAGAUCCUGACUGAUGUUACAGAGUCCACCUCAGUGGAUGUGCUGCUGACAAACCUCAUCAGGGGGAAACUGCUUCCCUCUGCUCGCCUCUGGAUAACCACACGACCUGCAGCAGCCAAUCAGAUCCCUCCUGAGUGUGUUGACAUGGUGACAGAGGUCAGAGGGUUCACUGACCCCCAGAAGGAGGAGUACUUCAGGAAGAGGUUCAGAGAUGAGGAGCAGGCCAGCAGCAUCAUCUCCCACAUCAAGACAUCACGAAGCCUCCACAUCAUGUGUCACAUCCCAGUCUUCUGCUGGAUCACUGCUACAGUUCUGGAGGAUGUGUUGGAAACCAGAGAGGGAGGAGAGCUGCCCAAGACCCUGACUGAGAUGUACAUCCACUUCCUGGUGGUUCAGGUCAAAGUCAAGAAGGUCAAGUAUGAUGGAGGAGCUGAGACAGAUCCACACUGGAGUCCAGAGAGCAGGAAGAUGAUUGAGUCUCUGGGAAAACUGGCUUUUGAUCAGCUGCAGAAAGGAAACCUGAUCUUCUAUGAAUCAGACCUGACAGAGUGUGACAUCGAUAUCAGAGCAGCCUCAGUGUACUCAGGAGUGUUCACACAGAUCUUUAAAGAGGAGAGAGGCCUGUACCAGGACAAGGUGUUCUGCUUCGUCCAUCUGAGCGUUCAGGAGUUUCUGGCUGCUCUUCAUGUCCAUCUGACCUUCAUCAACUCUGGUGUCAACUUGAUGGAAGAACAAACUACGUCUCAGUUGGCUAAAGUCUUUAGAAACAAACCUAAACUAACACGUCUCCAUCAAAGUGCUGUGGACAAGGCCUUACAGAGUCCAAAUGGACACCUGGACUUGUUCCUCCGCUUCCUCCUGGGUCUUUCACUGCAGACCAAUCAGACUCUCCUACGAGGCCUGCUGGCACAGACAGGAAGUAGAUCACAGACCAAUCAGGAAACAGUCCAGUACAUCAAGGAGAAGAUCAGUGAGAAUGUGUCUGCAGAGAGAAGCAUCAAUCUGUUCCACUGUCUGAAUGAACUGAAUGAUGGUUCUUUAGCCGAGGAGAUCGAACAGUCCCUGAGAUCAGGACGUCUCUCCACAGGUGACCUGUCUCCUGCUCAGUGGUCAGCUCUGGGUUUCAUCUUACUGUCAUCAGGGGAAGAUCUGGAUGAGUUUGACCUGAAGAAAUACCCUGCUUCAGAGGAGGCUCUUCUGAGGCUGCUGCCAGUGGUCAAAGCCUCCAACAAAGCUCUGUAA